AGAGUCAGGAAUAUAUCUAUCCCGGUAUCAGCGACCAAUCAACGCUAUCCAGGGUUUGACCGCUAAACCAGUUUGGAAGACGAAGGAUCUCAACGCAAGUGUCAGGAAAGCUCUGGCAACUAUUAGAGAAAACUGGAAAUUGAUACGUGAUGAAGCUUUAGAUCUGAUGAAGAUAAAUCGAAGAAUUUGGGCAGUGGAUCCAGGUUGGCAGGGAAUGAAAGGAUCAAGGGGUGCGUGGAGUGAGGUUGCUAUUAAAGGAGUUGCUCUUGCAACAUCUCAGGAACAAACCAGACUUUGUCAACAUGCUCUUUUAAGCUGCAGGUUAAUUCAAAAGUUCUCCGAGGCCCGAGGUUGUCCUAAAUGUAAAGCAAGUUUCUCCUUGGUAAAACCUGGAACAGUUAUACCCGCGCACGCAGGACCCACUAAUUCAAGACUAAGAGCACAUCUAGGACUUAUUAUUCCAAAAGGGGACCUGUACAUGAAGAUUGGAAACCAGACGGUUGGAUGGAAACCAGGACAAUGGACGAUAAUAGAUGAUAGUUUCCAACACGAAGUUGUCAAUGAUUCCAAGGGAGAUAGAUUGAUUCUCAUUGUAGAUUUCAGGCAUCCCGAGGUGGGAGAGGAUUCAGAGAAUGAGUUUAGUUUCUCCAAGGAGAAGAUGAAGAGUUCAGGACUUGAAAGAGAAGAUGUUAUUUCUUCAGGAUUUCUUCCUCCAGAGAAUAACUUGGAAUAAGUUAAUGACACGCUACGACAUUUUUGUUCUUUUAACAUUAUGCUCUCUGAAAAUUUGCUCUAUAUAUCUCAAAGACCUUAGCAUUUGCUCCAUAAAGGCAGUGCCAACCAUUUUCUCUAUGAAAUAUUUAAAAGCACUGUUGCUAGGAUGGGCUAUAAGUUCUAUGUUUAGCCAUAGACAAAAUAACUGUAGAGCAAUUGAACCAUAGAGAAAAUAACUAUAGAGCAAUUGACCAGUAGAGAAAUUCGGUAGAGCAAUUGACCCAUAGAGAAAAUAAAUAUAGAGCAAUUUUCCCAAAGAGAAAAGGGUAGAGUAAUUAAGCAGAUGUCGUGGUACCUUUAAUGAAUGUUUUUUUUUGUUUUAUUGGAAAUAAAUAGUAAUUAGUAUGGAAAAAA